AUGAAUAUGAACAAAAAAAAUUUUAAGACGGAUACGGAUUCACAUUUCUUUUAUUUGGCAUUUGAAAAUUCUGUAUGCAGGAAUUAUGUAACAGAAAAAUUUUGGUAUCCUUUUCGUAAAUUAGCUGUCCCUGUUGUACUAAGCCGAGCUGCUUUACAAGGAUUAAACAUACCCAGCGAUUCAUUUAUUGGAGCUGAUGAUUUUGCUAAUGCUCAGGAUUUGGCUAAAUAUUUAAUUGAAAUGAGUAGAAAUGAGAAAGAGUAUUUGAGGUAUUUAAGUAUAUUUUUGUGA